AUGGAGGAUGGCCAGGAGAGACCGAUCGCUUUUGCCUCACGUACGCUCAGCAAGGCGGAAAAGGGCUAUGCACAGCUGCACAAGGAGGCUUUGUCCCUGGUAUUUGGUGUAAAAAAGUUUCACAUGUAUCUGUAUGGAGCUCACUUCACCCUUGUUACUGAYCACAAGCCACUGCUAAGUAUUCUUGGGCCCAAGACAGGUGUACCCACGCUUGCCGCCGCAAGGCUGCAAAGGUGGAGUCUGGUAUUGUCAGCAUACGACUAUGGGAUCGAGUACAGAAAGUCGGAGUCACAUGCGAACGCUGAUGCCUUGUCAAGGCUUCCCGAUAAAACCGCCGAGAUUGAAGAAGCGACAGAAAGCUCUAUCCACUCCUUAUCAUAUAGUGACCAAUUACCAAUCACCUCACAGGAGAUAAGAAGAGCCACAAGGGAAAACCCCGUCUUGGCAAGGGCCUAUGACUACACAUUGAAUGGAUGGCCUGARCAUARYCCUGAUGAAAGUCUUACCCCGUACUUCAGGCGAAGACAUGAAUUAACUACUGAGGAUGGUUGCCYCUUGUGGGGUUUGCGGGUAGUUAUUCCYCCCACCUAUCGACACAGAUUGUUAACAGAACUCCACGAAGAACAUCACGGAAUCGUCAGAAUGAARUCACUGGMUAGAUGUUACCUGUGGUGGCCUGGUCUAGAUCAUGAAAUUGAGGAGUUAGUACAAGAUUGUGACAUUUGCCAGUCUACAAGACGCCUACCGGCAGAAGCACCAUUACUAUCCUGGGCUUGGCCUACCAGGCCUUGGCAGAGGGUCCAUGUAGACUUUGCAGAGAAAGGAGGGGUUAUGUUUUUMAUCUUGAUAGAUGCCCACUCAAAAUGGAUUGAAGUGACACCUAUGUCCUCAACCACAGCUGAACGAACAAUAGAUGUCUUGAGAUCGUGUUUUGGUCGUUACGGUCUGCCGGAGCAGUUGGUAUCYGACAAUGGGCCCCAAUUCACCUCUCGUGAGUUUAAGCUUUUCAUGGAAAGAAAUGGAAUAAAACACAAGCUUAUGCCUCCCUAUCAUCCCAGUUCUAAUGGGGCUGCAGAACGUUCGGUGCAAAUCGUCAAGAUGGGUCUGGAGAAACAGGUUAUUGCGAACAAGACAGGAACUCUUAACCAGCGUCUCUCACAGUUUUUGUUGAUGUAUCGCGUGACACCUCACAGUACCACUGGGCGCACUCCCUCGGAGCUUUUCCUUAAACGGGAACUCAGAACACGCCWUACCCUCCUGAAACCCAACCUGGACAAAUCAGUUAAAGAGAAACAGAAUCUACAGAAGAAAGGUCAUGAUAAGGGAAGGGUGGCAGAGCGUCUUUUCCAAUGCAACGAUUUAGUGAGGGUUAGGAACUUCACUAGGGGAAAGGAACUUUGGCUGCGUGCUCGCGUAGUGAAGGUAAAUCAAAUAUAG